AUGGGCAUGGGCGACAAAGAAGGAUUCGGGGGUGACGAUGCUGGACAGAAAUAUCAACUGUCCACGGCAGCUUUGGUCGGAGUCUGUUUGGCCGUCAUUACCUCAGUCUUGCUCCUAGUCCUGAGCGUCUACCACUGCUACCGACGGAGAUACAAAGCUUCUUUCUUCCAUGGCGGGACGGCGGAGAAGGGCAACCGUACCUUCUACGCCAGACCCGCCAGUAAACCCAUCAGCAGUCCGGAGUUGUCCUCUCCAGACUCCCUCCACGGGAAAGGGAUGCCUACCCUAGGUCCUUCCAAGACCUUCCCUCCGGGUACCCUUAGUCCUGUCUCCCCGCUGUCACACGAGAAGAAAGCCCUGAUGAAGACCUACAGCGCCAGCACCGGUGGUGUCAGCGGUGGGAUGGACCCGGGGACCUUCAACAAGGAUUGCUACUCGGAGGGAGGGGAGCUGAAGAACGAAUCAGGAUGGCAGGGGGACAACAAGCUGCAGGGAUCAUCCACGGAGGACCUGACCCAUCUAGGACAGAUCACCUUCACGGUGGAGUACCGCACCGACAAGGGAGUGUUCACUGUCACCAUCCACCAGGCUCAGGGUCUACCCGUCAAGGAUCCACAGAGCGGCACCUCGGAUCCCUACAUCAAGCUCUGCCUCCUCCCGGAGAAGAAGCACAAAGUCAAGACGAGGGUGAUGAGGAAGACCUUGGAGCCAGUGUACGAGGAGACCUUCACCUUCUACGGCCUGGCCUACAACCAGCUGCAAGGCGUCACGCUCCACUUUGUCGUCAUGAGCUUCGACCGCUUCUCAAGGGAUGACGUCAUCGGGGAGGUCGUCGUGCCAUUGGCUAAUAUUGACCUGAGCGAGAAGGCCGUGACCUUGACACGAGAGGUCAAACCCAGACACCCGAAGAUCUCCAAAUCCCAGGGUCGGGGUGAGCUCCUGACGUCUCUCUGCUACCAGCCCGCGGCUAACAAGCUGACCGUGGUUGUCUUGAAGGCAAAGAACCUGCCCAAGAUGGACGUGACAGGACUUUCAGACCCAUACGUCAAGAUCUACCUGAUGUACAACAACGGCCGCUUGGCCAAGAAGAAGACCCGCCUGAAGAAACGCACCCUCAACCCGGUCUUCAACGAGUCUUUCCUCUUCGAUGUUCCUCUGGAGGGCUUGGAAAACGUCAGCCUCGAGUUUCAGGUUCUGGACCACGAUCGGGUCAUGAAGAAUGAGAUCAUCGGGCGCCUCGUUAUCGGCAAAGAGGCGGGCGAAAACGAGGCCCAACACUGGGCGGACAUCAUGCGCAACCCCAGAAAGCAAAUGGCCGAAUGGCACAAACUGACAGACUAAAUAUGGCGUCCGAAGGUCAAAGGUCGCAGAUGACGUCACUCAUUAAAACAAUCACAUUAUUUGGAAACAAUUUAUGUAUAUUUUUGUGUUGAUAAAUGCAUGUACAAUGUUAAGUUAAAAUUGACAAAAAAAAUAUUAUUAAUUAAUCACUACGUCCAAUUAAAGCAAAGUACAUAUAAUGUGAAUCCGUGUCAUAGUUAUUCAAAGCAAGUGCAUUUUAAUAGUACAGAGUUUAUUUUAAAAGGCCAAAAAUAAUGUUGACGGUUUUUGAAUCGUCUAUGAAAUUUGCAGACGAGAUGUUAUGGAAACGCGUACCGUUGGAUUGGAUUGAAAUGAACAUAAUAUUUGAAUGCUCUGUAUAAAAAAAUAACCAAAGGGACUUUAUUUUUGUAUCGCUAAAACGACGAACGUACGUUUGAUGAAUGCUUAUCUCGCCCUCGACUGACGUAGAUAAAAAACCAACUGAUCUUCCAUUUCGAAAAUCCAACGUGUAGUUGACGCUUGUUUCUUGCAGCUUUUUGUAAAUACAUGUAUAUUAUGCUGUAAUAUGUGUGUCAAUGGCAAAAUUCCAUGGAGCUUUGUGGCUCCGAUCAUAUAGUAGUAACAUAAAUCAUUUUUGUUCUGAUUUCUUCUGAAAUUCGGGCGAUUCAUAAUGCAGUGCGCCACCAAGAGUUUGCCACGGAGAGUUAAUUUUUCCCAGUGCAUUGUGGGAGAUGGUCGACAAUUCGCAGCGCGGGACAUUUGAAAUUGUUCGUUUUUUUCAGUCAGUAGUGUCGUAAUUAAGCGUAUAAUUCGAGGAUCUGUUUGCCCUUUUCUUUUCUUGUUAUAAAUAUGGUGUUUUUUUGUAAGGCGGCAGAACGCUA